AUGGGGUCGUCUUCCGCGUUGGUGCCAUCAUCCGCCUCGCCCUGGUUCUCGUGUCCCAGCGUCGAUCAUACCCUACGCAUACACCAAGGUCUGCCCCCAGCAACACAAGUCAAAUUCCAACUUCGGAUCAUCCAGCAACCGCAAGAAGCGCUGGCGGUUGGUGAAGGUACAGAUGUGCACAAACAGGCGCGCAAUCUCCCCCUAGACCCACCGCCGGUCUGCGAGUUGGUCACGCGCGACGAUACCUUUGCAAACUUUUUGCAUCUACCCGAAGUGAGUCUGCGUGCUCACCUCGUCGAAGCCGCCGCACCGCACAAAGAGCUUCUUGCCGGACCUGAAGAGCAAGGUGCUCUCAUCAAUGGCAUUCACGAGGGUGCUUUCGUAGCACCCAUCACAGACAGCGUAACGCGGAGCUUCUUCAUCUUCACCGAGAUCGGGAUCAGAGCCUCUGGUCAAUUUCGCAUACGCUUCGACCUUGUGGAUCGAGCGGGUCUCUCCUUUAAACAUGUCGCCUCCGUCUACACAGACCCUUUUACGGCGCACAGCGAUCGCAAUCAGUUCUCUGGCCUGCAGAGGUCUAGCGAGCUGUUGCGCGCAGUAGCUCGCAGGGGUCUCAAAGUCCGCAUCGUCGACGUUCUUCCGCUGUAAGUCAAAGCUAGAUGGAGUUGAUGACGUGGUAGAUGCGUCUGACAUGAAGCUUUGUUCUAGAAACAGGGCAUUCAAACGACGCAAGACAGAAGCAGCCGCAACAGCCUUUCGAAACAUUUCCGCCCCCGUUUCGUCUAUGCAGCCGCCCGCUUUUUAUCCGCGCCAGCGCCAGUCUGACCAGCUCCCUUCGCCAUUACUGCACUCUGCGGAGGAUCUUCAGACGACAAGACACGCCUCAUAUGAAUCCUCACCUCGGCCGAUGGUGGAUACGAGGGCCAUCCCACAAAUAUACGAGGACCCUCUGCGGUCGGUAGAUCUGGCGUCGAGAGGCCCUGCCGACGUCGCCGGUCCGGAGAGGACCUCGGAAGCCAAUUCUAAUCGCAACAAAGGUCGCUUUUCCGCUCCAAUUGGCGCUGUAGAACUCGAGAGAGUAAAACUGCCUCCACCCAAUCCUUAUAGGACUAAUCAGCACGUGCCUCGCUAUGCGCAAACGCCCCUGCGGCGAGCAUCAACUGAUCUGGACGGAGGCCGGCACAGCGCUACUUUCUCUCAUUUCUCCGGUCGAGAGGAAAACUUCUUAGGCUCCACCGGCCCAAGUGGGCAUCCUCGGACUAGUGCCAGCGGGUCUCGUCGUCAGACAUUUGUAGAUUACGAAAGACGACGCCCGUCGGACGUGGCAUUUCAGGAUCGCGGAGGCAGUAGCAGCAGCUUGGAUGCAGACAGACAUGGCGGCAGCUUGCUACCGUCAAGGUUGCAACGCCGGAUGGAUGCCCUUCCGAGUGAAUUGCCUCCCCCUGCCGAUCCACUCAACAUGCGAGAUGGGGCCUCCAUCGGCCCAGACACAUUACCACCACCAUCGUCCAUCUUCUCUCGAGUAAUCGCGCGUCCAAUGAGGGAGCUAGGCCGCUACGAGAUUGCAGAUGACGAUGCUCGACGGGCGGACUUGUCAGACGACGAAGUGCAUGCUCGACGCUUAUUUCACGCUCGGACAGAAGGAUCGAUGGCACCUCCUGCUGCCGCGGAAAUAAAAGGACCAGGAGGAUCUUCGACCAGACCGCAAGAUUUCGAGCACACCGUCGAUGCCAGCCAUCGAUUUCGAGAUCAAAGCCGGAGAGAGGGAGACGCUGACGUACAAGACGGUGAGGUUGAUCGCUUUUCAAAUCCUUGCGAGCACAUCCUGAUCGCACAAGAUUUCUGUCAACGAAUUUAAGGCUAUGCCCUUCUCUUCCACCCACACACCCACCGUGCUCGCCCUUCUACGCCCGCAGCAGGCUCUCAGCUCGAGUCAGCUCCAUACAUGCGGCGUUGA